UAGUGUUAAUGUAUCAAUAUCCUUGAGUAAACCUUAGAAAGUAAACUCCCAUGGCACUCGACCCGACCACCUUCGAAACCUUAACUCCAUCUCGCUUCAUCACCUUCACCUUUCCCCAUCCAUCAAAUGAUCCCAACUCACUCCUCCGAGUCGCCGUCCUCGACUCACCCAUCCAACCCACUGAGUCAGCCCGGGUCGCCGCCAUGCUCGUCCCCGAGCACCGCAACUCUGACUGGACCUUCUCCACCGAGUCCGGCCACCUCCAGCUCCUCCUAAGUUCUCCCGGAAUUUCUCGCCUAAUCCUCGUCGGAAACCAGCCCAUCAACGCUCAUUCUUUACCAUCAAUUUACCGCCGUUCGAUCAACAACGAUUUCAACAGCCUCGAGGUGAGCUUGAAACCUCUGUUCCUUGCGUUAUCUCCUAAGUCUUUGUUCAAACAUGGAAUUCCUGAGAUACCCAUUUUGAGAUACGAAGAUAAUGUGAUUUGUGGGGUAGUUUUAGAGCAAUUUGUUGGGUCUUUUGCUGGUGAAAUGUUGGUUGAGGAUGUGGAAAUUGAGAGUGAAGUGAGGGAGUUUCGGAGGCGAUUGAGGUUCAAGAGGAUGCCAAAUUUGAUUCAAACGGAGAUACGUGUUGUUCCUGAGGUGGGUUUUGGUUCUGAUUGUAUGGGGAUUGGGGAAGUUGAGUUCAGGCCUGAUAUUCAGGUUUUGGUGCAUCCUUACUUGGUGCCAAUGGUGGCAGGUCUUUCUUUGGUUGGUCGUUGUAUUGAGGAACGGAUUCAAGGUGGGUUUAAGCCAAAAGCUUUGUGUGUUGGUGUUGGAGGAGGGGCUUUGCUUACUUUUCUAAGAGCCCAAUUGGAUUUUGAGGUUGUUGGCAUUGAGGCUGACAAGGAGGUUUUGCGGGUUGCACGGCAGUAUUUUGGUUUGCUAGGUAAUGAGUCUAUUCGGGUAAUUGUUGGCGAUGCAAUAGAUGUUAUAGAGAAAUUUGCAUAUCAUUCAAAUGGUGUUCAUGAGGGAGAGAAUGGUAGUUACUUGUAUAAUGGCAGUGAUGUCAAUAACAAAUUUGAUACCAUUAUGGUUGAUUUGGAUUCUAGUGAUGCUGAAAAUGGUACCAGUGCUCCACCAUUGGAAUUUGUUAGGAAGCAAGUUCUCUUGGCUGCUAAGUCAAUCCUAUGUGAUUUUGGGAUUCUUGCUAUAAAUGUCAUUCCUCCAAACAGAUCAUUCUACGAGAAACUGAUAAAUGAAUUUCGUGAAGUUUUUCAUGAGCUGUAUGAAAUAGAUGUAGGAAAUGGAGAGAAUUUUGUUGUAGUUGCGACAAUGUCACCUACUAUUUCUUCCAUUAGUGAUUGUGAGAAUUCUUUUCUCAUGAGACUGAGAAUGGCUAUUUCAGGCGCAUACAUGGAUUCCAUAAGGAAGAUUUGAGGUCAAAUGAUUUAUGGAAGUUAGAGGAAUAUCAUUUUCCAAGAUCAUAUUCAAAAUUAAAGCAUUCUCUAAAGAAUGGUCUGGGGAUAUAAUCUAUCUUUUAUGAGUUCUCCUGAAAGGCACUCAAAAUCCUUAGAGGGACCUUGCCCCAUAACCUGGGUCCAAAUGUUUUUUGAAUGUUAAGAAUUCUGGUUUGAUUGGAUGAAUGUAUUGUAGUUGUUGAACCAGAAUGGCACCCCAUGUCAGGGGCAGAUUGAUAUAUGCUUCUCUUCAACAUAAGCUGGAGUUACCAGUGUUUGCUGUGCCUUUAGGAGGAAGAAAAUUAUGGUCACUUUGCACACUGAGGUUGAUUAUUUGAUGGACAUGGAAGGAACAUUGAUUUUCCAGAGUGUUUUUCGGGUCGUUUAAUGUAGGAGACAUGUCCUAACUGAGGAGAUUUUGUCAAGCCCUGGAAUGAUCUUUGUUAAGGUAUCUUCAAGUUACGAAUGUCAUUGCUUGUGGAAAAAUGUGAGACUUACGGCCUGAUAAUGGUGUAUUGGCUCUUUGAUAGAGCCAAGUCCAUUUGUGUAUAAGAUAUGUGCUUCAUUGGGCUUACUGAGCAUUUGAAAUAUAUUAUAAUUUAUUUUCUAAUUGCUUCAUAUUUUAUUUGAAA